AUGCGUAGGCGUAAGAGGCCACGACGCAGGAAAGUGUGGGUUAAGCAGUGGCUUACGCGACGGCCAUUAUAUGGAUACUAUGAGCAAUUACUACAGGAGGUCAACAGAGAAGACCCAAAAGGAUACAAGAACUUUCUCAGAGUGGAUGCCGAUCUGUUUGGGGAGCUUCUUGAUCGCGUAUCUCCCAGGAUUAAGAAACAAAUCACCACCUAUAGGGAGCCUGGAUUGAAGUUGGCCGUAACUCUUCAUCAUCUCGCAGCUGGGGCCUCGUAUUCAGACUCGAUGUACUCAUUCCGAGUGUGUAAAAACACUAUAAGCAAAUUCGUUCCUGAAAUUUUGGAAGCUUUAAUACAAGAGUACUCAGGGGAAGUGCUACCAGCCAUCGUCACAACUGAACAAUGGCAGGAGAUUGCCGAUGACUUUCAAACCAAUUGGAACUUCCCUCAUGCCUGCGGGGCUCUUGAUGGUAAACAUGUGAGGAUUAAGAAUCCGAAGAACUCCGGUUCCCUGUUCUACAACUAUAAAGGGUUCUUCUCAAUAAUACUGCUUGCACUCGUGGAUUCAAACUACAAAUUAAUCUGGGUUAACGUGGGCGCUAAUGACAGUGCAUCCGACGCCCAGCUCUUUAAUAACACUGAACUAAGAACUAUGCUUGAAAUAAACAGUCUUAAUUUGCCGGACUCUUAUCCACUUCCUUGCGAUGACAAGAACACCCCAUACUUUCUCAUUGGAGACGACGCUUUCGCAUUGAGAACAUGGAUGAUGAAGCCAUACUCCAGACGCAAAUUGACCAACGAGGAGCGCAUAUUUACUUACAGGAUAUGUUACCCUGCCAUUGCGAGACUUGUCAUAGAUCAAGAAAAACGAGAACAACAACUUAGUACCUGGUGA